CCGGCGGUGGGUCCCACCAUGGGGCUGUGUCUGCCCUGCAUGGGGGGCGCCGUCAAGGACGUGGUAGAGACGCCCGACCCGGAAAUAAAAAGAAGACAGCUAGCAGAAGCUGCUGAAAAGAGGCAGAUGGAGGCUUCCUCUCGAGGCAUUAAGAACACCUACUCUGUAGAGCAAAAGAAAAAGAAACAGGAAGAAAUAGAAAAAAGAAUGGCAGCUUCAGGUCCUGGAGGAGAAGGAGGACUGAGAUGGCAGGUUGGAUAAAGAAAGAAGAGUUCAGAAGAGAAGAUUGAUGUUUACUGCCAGUGACUUGCCAGUGUCUGCAGCCAAGUGGCACUUACUCAUUAUGUGGCUUUGCAUCUGAACACUCAGCAGUACUUUGCCAUUGUGGGAGAAGAGCUGUGGAUAUAUACACCAAGAAACUUAAGAACUAACUCUGAACAAUUAAGUUUUGGCCAGUUUGUUAGUUUCUUUAUGUGCAUGUUUUACUACUUCCCUGUCAAGGGAGUGAGGUGGGUUUUUUCCCAUCGAAGUGACCUCUUUAGCUGUAGUCAGUCAGGAUAUGUGUGCUGUCUGGCCAGUUGACGUCUGUCUGGGUAUGACUGGUUUAAACCUUUCUCUAAGCCCUCAUGUAGAAGGUUAUUCAUAAAUAUAUAUAUUUGAAUAAUGUGUGGGUGACAGCAUCUCUCUUCAGCUUCCUAGUGACCUUUGAACUGCUUAGGGAUUUAGUGCCUUUUACAUAAGACAUCAGAGUCAUAGCAGGUCCUUAGAAAUGGAAGCAUUUUGUGACACUAGUUAAAAGUUAGAAACCUUUAUAAACCCUGUCAUACUUCUAGCAAGAAGGCUGUUUUAUUAGGAGUCUAAGAUUUGUUCUCCUCAUUUUCUGAUAGGGAUUUCUUUGGAGUCUGUAAGUAUUUAUUUACUGGAAGUUAAACAUGAAAUGAAUGCUGUAAAUUGUUGGCCUAUGUUACCACAAGAGGGCAGUGCUGCACUUUCAGGAUUCUGCAAAAGACUUCUUACAUCAUCUCUGGAUGGUUUUGUUGCCUGAAGAUUCUGUGCUGUGGAGGUGGGUGUGUUACAGCACUGCAAGGUUUGCUAAAUGGCCAAAGCUCUGUUGCUUUUAUUCUCUGUUCAGCAAUGUCUGUAAUCCCUUUCCCAAAUGUGAAGCUGUCUUUGAUUAUUUAGGGCUACCCAAACUAGGGUGUUAUAACUAGUGGCAAACUAGUUUCCUUGAGCCACUGCUUUGUUAGAAGGAAGCUUGUUACAGCAUGAUCAACACUAAGAUCCCAGCUCUAGUUUUCCCAGAGACCAUUACUCUUGGUCUUGCCAUCUCACUGGCCCCAUUUCUGACCUAGUUUAGGCUACAGAAACUUUUUUUUGUCCCCCUUGAACUAAAUAUUUCUUUUACCUCCCCCAGUAAUGUCUCAUGCUGUUUUAGGGUUGCAGACCUGACACAAUGAGUUUCCUAGCUUAGCCUUCAGAACUGAGAAGAAAAGGAAGACUUUUCAAUGUUAACAUAAUGGCCUUUGGGCUAGGAAGCUGUGUCCUUGGCAGAUGAAUGCCUUCUGUUUCCUUUGAUUGCUGGUUGUUGCUCUCUUCACUGUAUUAACUGGUCAUAGUGAUUUUUUUUAAGUCUA